GUAGGAAGCGUUCUCUGCGUGUUGUACCAGACGGACGAGCUCCGUCACGUGACAGGGGAGUAACUGGUGCUUGGGUGCAGUCAGACGGCAUAUCCUUGGGUCCCGACGAGGAGCCAGCAUGUCCAUGGAGGACCCGUUCUUCGUAGUGAAAGGGGAGGUGCAGAAGGCCCUGGCCAGGGCACGGGGACUCUUCGAGCGGUGGGAGGAGCUUCUGGAGGACGGUACUCCUGUCAGCCGGGAUGAGCUGGACUGGAGCACCAAUGAGCUGAGGAACUGUCUGAGAACCAUCGACUGGGACCUCGAGGACCUUCAUGAGACCAUCAGCAUCGUCGAGUCCAAUCCGGGCAAGUUCAGACUGGAGGAGAGCGAGCUGCAGGACCGGAGGCACUUUGUGGAGCGGACGAGGCAGGACGUGCAGGAGAUGAAGGAGCAGCUGUCAAGCCCCUCAGCGAUGGCCAGGACUGAGAAGAAGAAUCGACAGGCCUUGCUGGCGGCUUCUGGACCGGCCCGGGCCGCCACGGUGCUGGAACCCCACCUGGUGUCGGCCAACUCGCGGUACAUCCAGGAGCAGCAGGAGCAGCAACAGCUGAUUAUGCAGGAGCAGGACGAUCAGCUGGGGCUGGUUUCGGGCAGCAUCCGUGUGCUGAAGGACAUGUCCGACCGCAUCGGCGACGAGCUGGACGAGCAGGCUGUCAUGCUCGGAGAGUUCGGCGAUGAGAUGGACCAGACCAACUCACGGAUGGAUUCGGUCCUGAAGAAGAUGGAGAAGGUGUCCCACAUGACGAGCAGUCGGAGGCAGUGGUGUGCGAUCGGAGUCCUGGCGGUCGUAAUGAUCAUCAUCCUCAUCCUCUUCUUCACACUUUGACCAUGGAUCUGCAAUGUUCUUUCCCCUCCUUCUGGACGGAUGCUAUGGAUGGAUGGAUAGAGGACUGGGGGGUAAAUCCGUCUCCUCCCGCUUUUGGAUACGGCUGCCCGCUGCGUUAUAGCCCAGCGUCCGCUUUAAAUUAGGCGGGACCUGCACCAGGUGCCUUUUGUGGCACGUAAAAAUUAUUUUUAAGCGCAGUUUCCUGAACCAGAGAAAUGGUACUGAAAGACAGCUUGAUGUUCACAAUAUAGUGGUCAUAGCUGCCUUCAUUUUUUUUUUUUUUAGGAAAAAAAAAACUUUAUAUUGAUGGGCCUGCACAGAUUAUAAAGGGUGCUUGUUUGAGGCCAGCUAGCCAAUCACAAUGGCCACUUCACUGACGAAGCUGGUAGUUGCUGGGCAAGACAGACAAGUAUAAAUGUCUUUCAUCAGUCUCGCCCCCUGGUGGACAUUGUGACUUCUUGUGAAUUUUCUGUGCUGUUCUGUUCACUGUUCUGUACUGUUUUUUUCCCCCCCAUUCCCUGGCUGUCGUCAAGCAAAUUUUUUACAUCUGUUUAUAACUGAUACGAUUUUAUUUCACCAAAAAUAUAUUACAGUGACAGGCCGAUUAUCCCCAUUCGCUUGCUCCAGGUGUGUGCUGGUCGCUCCCGCUGCCGGUGUCCCGUUGCCUGUCUGCAGACGCGCUGAAUGCCAGACCGCCUCUUUCUGCACUUUCGUUCCUGCUGUGUCAGGGAGUGAUGACCAGAGAAAAAUUACUUCUUGCAGUGCGAUGCCUUAAUGACACGAUCCCUGUUCUCAUCUGGCUUGGAGGGGAAAAAAAAAAACAGAGGACCACAUUGCUUUAUAUUUGUAAAUUUUAUUAUACAUUUUAAUAUUCUUUUUUUUUCCUGACUUGCCUCCAUGUCAGUUUACAGCUUAAAGAUAAAUGGUGACUUUCUGAAAUCCGAAUUAUGUCCACCCUUUCUUGCGGCUCUUAUCGUUGUGGUUUUUCCUCUCUGUUAGUGUUUGAAACCGUUACAGUAUUAUUUUUUUUUGUUGUCAGUUUUAAUCCAUGUAUCCACGCAUUUACCGUUUGUGCCGAUGACGAGAGGGAGUGUCGGAUUUCUGGCCCCUUCUGAACUUCCCCGAAGGUAUCAGGUGGUACUUCACUCCCUUGGGGAGUUGGGGUUGAUGGUAGCUCUCGGCUUCUGGACGUAACGCCCUCCUAAGCACAGGCAGCAUCAGAUGUACAGUAUGUGCUGCAUUCGCAUGAUGGAUGGGGCCUGUCUGUGGUGGGUGGGGCUGCUGUGACACUCCGUGGAAUGUGAUUGGUUGUGAUCGAUCGAGCGAUUGACUGAUUGGCCGUCUGAGCUGUUCGCUCCCUGUCCUGCUGUCACGGUUCAUUUCUCAGCCGUUUCCUCUGACCGUGUGCACGUGUGUUUCCCAGUAUUACCAGUGGGACAGGUGGCAUUGUCACAUUCCAGUUUGUGCUCCAUCGGCCACCGGGGAAGGGGACUGUCCCACGACAUCAGCCUGCCGAUUUGCAAAACCAGGAAGAUAAUUAGCGGGGGGACAAAAUGAACCCAAACUCUCUGGAUUCAAGGGGCUCCCAGCAUUUUGAGUUGCGCCCUUGAUAAUUUGCCAUGUGCCCACAGCUGCAUCCUCCCCCACCCCACGGAGGGGCACGUUACACCUGCCAUCGGUCAACCAGGACCCAACCAAGCAGGUCUGAAUCACACGGAUUAGAUUCAUAGGAAAACUGUGUUAUUGCAUUAGAUUUCGCCUCACAGUGCCCUCAGGGACCGGCUUCUGCUGCACUUCUGAUAAUCUGGUUUCAGACAGAAUGAGUAACUUGUCCCUGGUUUUCUGUAAAUAUAGAGGCAUACCUGAAAGACUGUAAGCUGUGGAGUGAUUGCCUUCUCCUCUGUAAAUUUUCCCAUGUUCUUAAUAAACCAUAUACAUUUGCUCUG